AUACACGAGUAAAGGAGAAGAAGAAGGAAAAAAAAAUUAAUGGCUUGGAUAGAAGUGUACAGUGGUCAGAGGAGCUUGGCUUUCAAGCCAACUACCGAAAUUUUAUAUUAUGCAAAUUGUGAUGAUUGGAACACCUCUAAACAUAAUGGAAAAUUUCUGAAGAACAACCACUCCAAGCCUGAAGACAUGGUUAGAUUGAAAAAAAAAUCAGUUUGGAGGGAAUAAAAAACAUCUGAAUUAGGCAAGCAGCUCAAAAAAUUUUGCUUGUCCGGGGCCAAAUCUUGCUUGACUUAGUUAAUGAUUUUGUUGCAGUUUGACUUGUCUGGACCCUAAAAAUUACUUGCCCAGCAAGAAAAUCUAGUUUCGCCUGGACUAACCAACGGUACUUUUUCCGAGCCCUGUAUGUUGACACAUUGAAAUUGUGAUUCAAAAAGCUCCAGUUGUUGCUUCUUCUUGCAUCUUUUUGAAGUACAGUUUAAUUUAUAUAGUACAUUUUACAUACAUUAAAGUACAACGUAAUACUUUCUCUUAGUGCAUUUUAGUGCAAUUAUAAUGUUUGCAUUUUGUGUAUGUAUUGUUUAUUGUUUUCUUUUGUAUUAAUUUUUUAGGUGCGACUGCAUUACAUGUUGCUGCAUCAAAAGGUUAUUUACAAGUUAUAAGGUACGUUGUCAGGAUUUUAAUGGAUUAAUUAUGCAAACAUUAGCACAAGUUUAGCACAUGUUUCAUCUCAAGGAGACUUUUGACGCACGUUUGAGGAAAGGUAAAAUCUUUAUCCUUGUGUAGUUAGUUUUUGUUCUUGUGUCAAACAUCCAGUCACAUAGAUAUUACUGUACUGUAUAUAGAUGCCCUGCUGGAAUCAACUAUUUCCUUUAUUGGGAAAAACAAGUAAUGAAUAGUGUCGUAGUUGGCAUCAGUGCCAACUGAAAGUUUGUCAGGACAAAUGGUCAUCUUGGCCAGACGUUGUCCAUUGACUGGCCAUUAUUUUGAGCCAUGCAUACUAGAACCACUUUGAUAUUAGCUACAUGCUUAUUACUUAAAAAUUUGUAAGCAUUGUUGGUGACAAUAUUAUUGGUGGCAUUACUUUCUUCCUAGUCUUUUACUUCAACUUGGUGUUGACAUCAAUGCAAAAGAUUCUGAUGGCUGGACACCACUACACGCAGCAGUUCACUGGGGACAGAAUGAUGCCUGUGAAGUGCUAGCUGAGCAUGGAGCUAACUUUAGUGCUAGGAAUAGUACGGUAAGAUCGCCCCCUCCUGUCAUAUGUAGUAUCUGUUUGACACAAGUAGGAGGAAAGGGCUGUCUCUAAGAGCUGCGGGCUGGGGAUUUCCCUUGCUGCUAUGAGCGUGAACCCCAGCUACACUCAUAGAAGGCAAAAGGAAAAUAGAACCAAAACAACUUCCUAGCUGUACAAUUCCCCUCCUACUAGUCACAUACCGUGUGGCACAAAAUUUUUGAGGGUUCUGAUUUUUGCGAUUUUUCCAGUGAUCCGCAAUAAAUAAGUUCCUGCAAAUAAAAAUUACCACAAACAUUUUUCCCGCAAACAUUUACUCCAGAGUAAACAUUCUCCAAUGUAAAUUUGCUACACAAAACUACAGUACUAAGAAAUCGUGUCCGUUCAAUUACAUCUUGUCUCUUUCAUUCAGGAACAAAGCGGUAUACAAUGAAAUACUGGUUUUACAUAGAAUAGGGUAUGCACACCAUAGUAUUGUUUAAAAAUAUGUAUCUGUAUUGCAUGUACUCAAUAAAUUCCAAAAAUAAUAUUGUCAAUACUGGGUACUGGGUACUUUCUGAAAAUCACAAACAUUAAUUCCUAGCAAGGAAAACCAAUCUGUCCUAAUCGCAAAAACUAGCUCCCACAAAACACAAACAAUCGCUAAUCUGCAAAAAUUUAGUGUCACACGGUAUACCCGGCAACUUGAAAUGUUAGUGACAGCCCUGGGAGAGUUUCAGUGGGGUUAACCAUUGGCCAUCAAGUGGCCUAAAAUUUAACUCUCAGCUGUCAAAAAAAAAAAAUAAAUUUUUUACCAUCAACUGUCUAAAAUGCAGAUUAAUAUCAACUGUCAAAAAGUUUCAAGUUGCUUCAAAUCUGACUAUUUUGUUUGGUUUUUGUGGACUUGUGGCUCCUGGAGAAUUUCAAAACUGGAAAAACCAGUUCCCAUGUUCUCAGAAACAUUCUCUCUAGACAUUACAAGACCUAACAUUAUGGUAGCCCACUUUUUCUGUUGUCCAAACUGAGAUAUGUUUUCUCUACACAGAAAUAUUGUUGUAUUUGAUAACAUCAUCACUUCCUGUUUAUAGUAGCUUGCCUCUGCAACAAGCAGAAUGCCAGCCAUUUUGAGUUGGCCAUGCACCAUUGUUCGUACAAUCAUGAAAAGGUCUUGAAUUUUAGUAGUUGUCUUGAAAUGUCCUUGAAUUCGGUUAAGGUCCUUGAAAAGUACUUGAUUUCUUUCUUAGGUGUUGAAAAGUCCUGGAAAUUCACUACCUUGGUUAUGCUACACCAUUUUCUGUGAAAUUAGAUCAUUUUGCCAAAGAAAUUGUGGCUCAUCCUCUGUGCAAAAACCUGUAAAACUCAUGGGUAAUGUAAAAAGAUUUUUGGGCAUGAACAAUAUUCUAUUUCUGUAUCUUUACAUACCCAGUGACUGUUGACAUUUUGUAAAGUGUUUUUGUGGAACCUAGUGUAAAACUCGUGAAUGGCUCCAUUAAGUGUUUUAGCCAAUAAGGUAUUCAAAGGGGGGGGGUUAAAGAAUGAAUUUUAGUCCUUGAAAACUGUAGUUUGUCCUUAAAGUCUUUUAAAAGUCCUUGAAAUUUGUUUGUCUGAGGUCAUACAAACCAUGAUGCACUUACUUUAGCCAAACAGUCAUUAUGCCAAUCAUCUAUUGCAUCACCCAGUCAAACAGGCAGUUAGCUGUUCACUGGCCAACAGCCCAAUUGCCUUCUAUUUAUAUUUUUAAUGUGCAGUGUGAUAGCUACCUUAAUACCAGCAAAAGAAAUAGUACUCACUGCAAUAUAUUUGCUCUAGGGUUCAACGCCAAUUGACAUGGCAGAACCUGAUAUGGUUAAAAUGCUCGAAGAGCUUAAGAAAAGGCAAAAUGAUAAGCCAAAGAUCAAUGCGGUGAGUAUGUGCAGGUCGCUUUGGGUCUGGUUAUUGCUCAUUGAAACACUUAGACAAUUAAAACCCUUUCAUGCCCAGUAAUGGAAUAUGCCACCAGAUAUCAUCACACUCAAUCAAUACUUGAGCCUUUUGUUUAAAUUUCCCCACCUAAAAGGUCAGCUAAUUGAAGGAAUGCAAUAGUGUACCCUUCCUACAUAAGACUUGAUUUACCACUCAUUGCAGCUUGUGGAACUUUCUGUCUUUGGAUUUUAUUGGUAAUGAUGAUAUCUGAUGACAAACAAUGCUCUCAAGCUUUGAAUUAGGGUUAUAGUUAUAUCCUAGAGAAAGAAUUUUUAUUUUGUACUUUGGACAAUCUUUUCAGUGACUUCCUUUACACCUGUUUGUGUUAGUUAUAGCUCGCUCCAAUAAAUACCGUUAAAAGGGAAUAUCAUUUUGUGGUCUAAUGGUUCAUAGUUCUGACUGUAAGGAAACUUUUGCAUUUAAGGGUUAGGAAGGCUACUGUAAGGCGUUGUUGCAUUGUCUCAUGAUGAUAAAAAUGAAGAAUGCCUCACGUUUUCCAUGGUUAUAACACCAAAUCAUUGUUACAUUACAUUCUAUGGCCGAUUAUUGACCCAACGGUGGUCAUAAUUUGUUGCAUUGCUUCUGUUUCAAGUUAUGUUGUGGGCAAUGCAUCUCUCAAGUUGUUUUUAACUGUUUAACAAUUAUUCCUCAAGCCUGAAUGGGCUCCGAGUCGGCCGAAUGGGCUAUUGACACAGAGAUCAUGAGGGUGAGAGGAAUAAUUGUUUUAGUAAAAUCCAGCUAGUUGGUCAAAAAUAUCAGGAGUAAAAAACUUUUAGCUAGUUAAAGCUAGACUUUAAUCCUUUUUUGCCGCCAAAAAGCCUGCGCUUUUCCCUACUAGUGAGCUAUAACAUAUAGCCUAGUAGUUGCUCAACCAAUCAGAAUGCAGCAUUGAUAAUAGACCCCUUGUUGGAUUUUACUAAAAUAUUAUACAGGACCUUCCCAAAGUGCCAUGCAUGAAUCCAAACCAAAAGACUUCAGGGUUCAAUGGUACAGUGUUUUACACGCCUGUUGAAGAAGAAAAACGAAGAGAAAAUUGGACCCCAUCUUAGGGUGCCUUCCAUUUCUCAGAACCAACCGGCCAGGACAUUCCCAUCGUAAUGAGAAUUUUACUUUUAAUCAAAGCUAUCUAGCCAGAUGAGUCAAAUCCUAAACAGUAUGCAUGAAGGAAAUCGUUUUUCAUCAAAAACUCUUGGAUAAAGCCUUUUUUAUUUUCAAAAUGGCUGGUCCGGGUGGCCAGUUCUGACUUUUAGAAAGCACCCCUAGUAACCAUUUUUAUUUUUACAGAGUUGAAUUUUAACUCUUUCAACCCUAAGAUCAGAAUUAAAAUUCUCGUUUGUCGCCCCUAUUCAUUUACUAUAGAAGUAGUGGGGAGAAGUUGAUAAAAUAUAAAGAAAAUACAUCUUGUGUGAUCAUGUCCUUAAUUCUCUUGACCACUCUGUUUUACGAAGCAUUGCUAUUACAAGGAGAAAUUUGAUGCUGAUCACUGUUAGGGUUUAAAGGGUUAAAUAAGAUGGAAGGAAAGGUAUAAAGAGUGGAGAGUAUACCAUAUAAUUAUUAUUCUUUCCAGGCACAAACAUGUGCACUCCUUGAUAAGGUGAUCAUAUUGAAAUACUAAUUACUCUCUGUAAAAGAUGGGCUAGAGAAGUCAAAAACAGUUAAAGCUAUGAGACUUGUUUGGAAGGCAGAGAUAGGGUGUGCGGCUUGUGGCUGCAUCUGGGGACGAGUUGUUGGCAUGGUUAGGAAGUGUAGAUUUGCAGCAAUUGGGGAGCUUGAGCAAAGACAUUUUUUAGUGAUGCACAUCAACUGGACUCUUCGCAUUCUUGGGAAGUGUUUUGGCCCAAAUUUCGGGCAAAUCGUCUCUGUAACAGUGAAAAGGCUUAGAAGUACGAAUUUGGUGCUGUCAAGGCAUUACACAGAAAAAGGCCUCACUUCUGAUUGACGUACAUUACUCAAAAGCCCUUUUCUUAAGUUCCUUACUAACAUGUACAUCUCCACGACUUGGCACAGGAUGUGGCAUACAACUUUUUUUUGUUGAACUUGUUUUGUUUCCAUAUUUUUUGUCCCAUUCAGUCAACGACACCAGUUAUUAAAAGUAAUAUGGAGUCUGGGCCAGCCCCAUUGAAAAGACGGUAAGUGCGGUUUUAAGGUUUUUUUUCCUCAGUUGUUUGAUUUUGUAUUUGCCACAGUGUUGUGUGCAGUUUGUCCAUUAGUGAGUAUAUGCGGCAUGCUGUACAGAACAGCUAACAUGGUCACCACUUGAGGCAAGCUUGUCUUUGUUGAUUUUUAAAUAUGUUGCAUGUUACGUUUCUGCGAUGUUCAUCAACAAGCACCGAGCAUAUGCUACCUACCAUGUUUCCUUGAAUAGGUGUAUUGGUGCCCAUUUAAAACUUACGCAAAAUUGGGGUCAGUUAUUCAAAAAAAUUAUGCAUGACUGAGGGGAGCACUUAGUUUUUUUUUAUUUUAACAAACUAAUGAAGAAAACCUGUUUUCCUUUAUAAUGAUAGUGUAGUGAAAGUUUUAAAUAAUUACUAUUGUCAGUAUAUUGAAAAAGUGAGGGGUUAAGGGGGAAGGGGAGGGGCACUCAUUGAGUUGAGCUGCGGGGGAUAUUCAUGUGCUAUUUUGGCAAUGGGAUAAGUUGUUUCUUGGGGGGAGCGCACUUAUUAUUUUAUUAGAACAUAGGAAUUUAUUCAAGGAAAUAUGCUAAGCUUUUUAUCAUACAGACUCCGCAUCACCACAGGAGAGUAUUGCGUUGUCUCACUCUAAGAUUUCACCAACAGACUUAGGUUAUCACCACCACCAAGUUCAUUAAUUUAGCAUUACUACAGGAAGAACUGCUCGGUAAGCGUUUUUGAAAGCUCACAAAGAACCACUUGAUAAACUGAAUCACAGGAAAGUGCUGCUUAGCAGCCUUCGCUUCAUUUCAUCCUUGGACGCUCAAGUUGUAAGCGCCUUGUACACAAUAAACAGACAGCAAGGCAGUGAGCAGGGUAUAGAUAGAUGUAUUAGCAGAUGCACUUAGGGUGCGUCCCGCUGGGAUGAUCUUGAUCAGCAUAGCACAUCAAAUGAACCGACAAAUCCACCCUGGAAUGGGAUUCAUCUGUUGAUUUGAUGUACCAUGAACUGAGUGAUCUCAGAUCACUGCUCCUGAUCCAUAUCAUCCCAAAGGAACACACCCUUAGUUCCACUCGUAUAUUAUACACGACUUUGCCUUAACCUUCUCACCUCAUACGUACGUAGCGUUUGUGUUGAAUGUUAAAUUUUGUGGCCUUCUUACAAAGUGCGUAACUGAUUUGACUUGACCUAACAGCACGUGUUUGUGAAAUAAGUGUUUUCUUGGUAAUAAACUGAGUUUGCAUUACAUGUGUGUCAGUUCACAAGAGCUCUCGUGCGCUGUUAAAAUUCAUUCUUGCUGGGAAGGUGUUUAUGUUCCCUUUUAACCUUCAUUCUUCUUUCUUUUCAGUCUUUCUGGUUCAUCUAGAGCUCGGUUGCUGCGUACUUUACCCUCUACUAACACUCCAGGACUUCUGUAUGUAAAGUAAACUGAUGCUAACAAUGUAUACUAACGCUUACAUCUCAUCCAACGCUAAGAUCUCUCUCUCUUUCUCUUUUAAUAAACGUACUUUCAAACUUGCUCGCACUUUCUGCUUUUCUUUUGUUCUUGCUGUGUUAGUAUCUUCAUAAUGUAAGACGCUCAACCCUCUGGUUGUCUAAAGGGGCUUCUCGGUUUUCCUGUUGUAUCUUCUUUUCUUUUCCUUGCGGACUGGCACGCAACGGAACAAAAGCAAAACCAAAACAAACUAACUGAUGACAGUUUCGUAUCGUGGCGUGAACAUAGCGUCGUCAAAUUUCACCGCUCAUAACCAUGUUUUGAGACAAUUGGUCUAUCGUAACGUUUCAGCGUCACUCCGGUAGUUUGCCUGUGUUUGCAGCUGGCUCUCAUGGCUCGUAGUGCCUUUUUAGGCUAUAAGAGAAGCCUGAGAGCUGGCUUUAAUCGCAGGCUGCAUGAACACGGUUGUCGGUCGGACACCGAGCUUAAACUGAUCCUUCUGUGAGCUCAGCAGAGGGACGAGUUGAAUGCUCGGUGGGGGCUAUGCCAGUGCCAGUCCUGCAACACUUCUAUUCAAUGCAACCUCUGUGGCUUCUUCAUUUCUCAGGAGCUCCAUAACCAGAAUAAAGGACCAAAACCUUUUUCUCAGGGACAUCAAUCAGGAGAGGGCGCAGAUGGAAGCAAGCAGGGAGCAGAUAUCCCCCAAGAGUAAGCUCUCCCGGCCACCAAGCUUCACUGAAUCGCCCAAAGAGGACAAGGAAAACGAGAGGGAGAAGAGGGAUGGCUACAGCAAGGAGGACAGCGGAUCAGAGUCUGAUACUGAGGACAGCUCUGAAGAGGACAGUGAAGAAGACUCGGAGGAGGAGGAGCAACCUUCUAAGCCGUCCGUGAACUCUGUUACUCCCAGAGCAAAUGUCACGGUCAAUUCUCUACCCUCUAAACCUACGGUAAAUUCAGUUAAAAAACAACCAGCGGAUGAAUCCGAGGAAGAAUCCGAAGAAGAAACUGGUUCCGAAACUGAAGAGUCCUCCGAAGAGGAGGAGGAGGAGGAGGAAGUAGAACCUGUCAAACCCGAUACGCGAACAAGCGCAACCAGUUCUACAAGAACGCCUUAUUCGCGUGAUCAGACCGCGCCUGCUAGUGCGUCAAAACCAGGGGUAGGAAGCACGUCGAGGCUUCUAAAAUCCCCAUUUUUAGACAAUGAUAAGAAGGCAAAUCCGCCAUCUUCACCUGUUUCAAAAACUGAAUCCUCUUGGACUUCUAGUUUAGCUGGUAGGGAAGAAACCAGGGACGAUGCAAAGUCACGGUUGGGAAAUUAUCCAACGCGUACGACGGCCUCUACAACGAGUAACUCCACCAGCACUACUACUACUAGCACGAGGGGUAGAAUAAGCUCUACCCCGAGCGAGGACGCUCGAACUAGGACAACAAGGUCCAAGAGGGUCACUCAGAGAGCCGCUACAUCCUAUGUAGGGAGCAAGAGAGAAGGGGACGAUGAUCAAGAGGAGGAGGAAGACAGGAAAAGCAAUGAUAUCACUCAUCGGAGAACUGGUGGAGACGACGAACGAAAGGUAAUACAGUGAAACCCCGCGUAUAAGAACCUGGAUUUUUUAAUUUAGCCUUAACAGGUUCUUAUAUAAAUGGUACCUAAAGCAAAUUUAGACCACCAAGGUUCUUAAAAUAGGUUCUUAUAUUUUCAUAUGAAUUUUAUUUAAGUGUAUUAUAAAUAUCAUCUCAUAAUACAAUAUAAAUCAUUUAUACCAUGAUGCCUAAAGGCAGUACAGUGCUGGUAUGUCCUUAACACAACAUAACAAACAAACUCAUGGUCAGUUCUCUGAAUGCCAUUUCAAAGUUAAUACACUUUUAUAGCAACUCCUCUGAUAAGAACCUAACUUCAAAUUUUAACCUUAAUGGGUUCUUAUGAGGAGGGGGCUUUCGCGUGGUUAUGCCCAGCAUUCUUGCAUAGACGAGGCGAGAUCUGCGAUCUCCGAAGGCGCGAGUAUAAAGGGAUUUAGGAGCUUGCCUUUCUGAAAAUGGCUGAAAGAACCCAGCACGAAGGAAAACUGAACGCGCCAAUGAAUUACAUGAUCGAUGUUGCCAGUUACUGGGCAUGCGCAUGGCAAAGACCACUGACCUCAGGCACUUAAGGCGCUCUUAGUUUUUAACUCCUUUAAAUUGCAUUUAAAUGCAUAAAAUUUUGACUCUGGGAGCUUGGAGACGCUAUUUUCAUUUCUUCCAAAAAAUAUAUAUAUAUAUUUUGUUCAACUAAGAUGAUAAUUUUUUUCGAAAUUGCGGGUUAAAAUCUAAAGAAGGCAAGUGCCUUGUCAUGCCUUUUGCCAGCUAUGGCCUUACUUCGGCUUACUUAAGAACGCGUCGAGGUUAGGAUGGGCCCAAAUUUUCGUCUUUGGUACCGGUACCAGUGUGCGUACGCUGAUUCCAUGUCAGUGGUGGCCAAAUGCUCAUACUCUUUCUAUGAGUGUAUGGUGUCGAUUCAUAUGGUGUUUAUUUACCCUGUUGAGGUCCUGUUCAAAAUCCCUUAUUUGCCGUGUGAUAGCUGUAAUUUUUUAUGUUAUAUUUUUCUUCGAGACGUACACUGUUUGGGCCAGUAUGUCUACCAAUUCUCCUUCCUAGACAGAUUACCGCCUUAUAGAGAAAUCUGAUCAGGGUGCAAAGAAAGUCAGUUUUACAGCCUGCCAUUCGGGCAAACUGUAGCUAACAUGUACUAGCCCACAAGUCAUUUCAACUAGCCCAAAACCCUUUUUGAUUAGCAGGAUUGAUUGCAAUCCUUCUGUAACUCGAAUUUCUCCAAAAAACAGCAGUUGGCCGUCGGGCAAGUUAAGAACAAAAAUCACUAGCCCGAUAGCAAAAUCCACUAGCCCUAGGCUAUCGGACACGACUUUCUUUGCACGCUGCUGAUAAAGGUAGGGGCAAGGGUGGCAAGGCUCCUGGUGACCAUUUUAGAGAGGUGUGCAUUAGAGAAGAGUUAGAGCCAAGACCACGGUCUAAAGAGAGAAAUUUGCUAUACUAUUGCUGCAAACUGCCAACAAAAUUUUUCUCGGCCGCGAAGCGUUUUCAGCGGAAAAACGAAAAAAAAAGCUCACUAUGUUGAGAAAAAUGGAAAGCUGUUGCAGUGACUGUUUUAUACAUGGUUUUUCUUAACGUUGAAUAAAACCCAACGAAAUACUAAAGCACCUUAGGUGUCUCACCACCGAAGGGGAGGUGUUCACUUACAGGUUGUUGCCCUCUCUAAACGGAUACCUGGAGCAGUCACUUUUUUGGCUGUUUAUAAGACCGGUACCAGCCUUAAGUUUACUCUUACAGUGGGUGUCUUCAGUUCUUCAUUCUGUUUUUGGCUUUCUAGUAGGGGGAUGUAUGGUGCCAGUCCCAAUGGUAAGCUAACGGGCUGGCUGUCUUGUAGGGGAGCGAGCACGAGUAGGUGGCGUAUCCAGUGCGAAAUCCGGCGAGAAGGCCCACUAACAACAUGUGAUCCUGUUCGCACGCUUUAAGUCUGGUUUUUCAAAGUAAUUACAUCAAAAUCCUUGAAUGAAAAAUAGAUGGAAAUAUCAAACAUUAGGAAAUAAAAACCAUUAUAUUCAGAACAUUUCUAACAAGAUAUUUACAUCACAGCCUCCAAUUCUUUCCGUUGCAAAGACAAAUAUAAGAAACCCUUAGGUUCUUUUAAAAGUGAACUCUUUAAACAAAAUUGAGCCAUUUUAAAUUAUUUUAAUUGUCAUGGCCAAAAAGCAACAACAAAACCUGUAGAUUUUGUUCUGUAUUGAAAGUGAAAUUUGUUAAGUGAAGAUCAGUGUGAAAUUAUGCAGGGGAAAGUUUUAUUUUCUAAUUUAUGGGUUAUCCCUCCAAUCCGUUCAUUCGGCUCCCUAACUUGAAAAGCAGGUUUCCAUGUUUUGCCGACUUUCAUAACCAAUUGAUAUUGGCAUUGUAGAGUUUUUGACAGUUUGUUUUGCAUCUGCGUGAACUUUAACUCUAACGCUUAUUAUUCUGUCUCGUUUUAAUUAUUUGAAUCGAAAAGGGAGCGCAAAUGUCUUGAAAAACACAAGGGCGGUGUAAAAAUAGGACGAAAAUCGAAACAGAUUAAGUUUCGGCACUGUUAACAAAGAAUCGUGCAGCUGACCAAAUCGUCCAUAAAUGUAGUGUUCAGUCGAGCGAAGAGGAUCAUGACAGCUAGCAGUGUCAACAAAAGAAAAAACUGAAUCGAAUUGUCAUAAGUUUCAUUACAGUCAUGCAGGUAUGCACAUUGCUACAGAUAACUGAGAGAUUUACUAGCUGAUUGUGUUGACAAGGUGUCUUUGAGGCAAUUGUUCAUUUUAAUAGCGUCUGUGGAAAUUCUAAAGGAGUCGCUUUGGGGAGGGAGGUUUGCUUUUGUAAUUAGCCUUGCAAAUCAUUAAUAAUUCAUUUGAGGGCCUAAGCACUGGGCCUGUUUCAUGGUUUGCUACACGCCAUUAAAAUAAUAAUAAUAAUAAAAAAAAUGGCGAAACUGUAAUCUGAUCUAGACCAAGAAGCUGUUGAACGCAAUUUCUUUGUGAAGACCUGUUGUUUCGCAGUGGAUGUUUUUCCACUAGUGUCUCGUUUCUGACACUGUGCUGUGCAUGUAAAGCGGUUCUCAACUCAUGUCGUACCUCGCACGCCGCUUCGAUCAACCGAGUGAUGGAGCUUACAAAACCUAUACAGGAAGAACGCAGGUAACAUAUAUGCGAAGGUUUUUGUAAGGUUAAACACAAUAAUAGUGGCGGGAUUAUAAUGAAAAUUCCUUGUUUGGACGUUUCCUUGAUGUAAUUAAUCGACGCAGCUAUCGGCAAAGCUGAUUUACAUUUUUCAGUGUCCGCACUCGUGGCUGUUUGUCAACACAACGCUGCUCUAACGUAUUCCGAACUUGCUAUCUAAAGCGUCAGCUUGGUUUGACGAGAUAUCGACUCGUCGCCGCUAAGUUCUUUUAAAUAUCAUUCGCGUGAAAGUUCCUCGUGAUGUGUGCAAAUUCUAUCGGGUCCGUAACGCUAAAAACAAAGUUAUCGAACUACCCGGCGGGGUCAAGCUGGAGUUAAACCCACGCGGAUCAACUUGUUUGUGUAUCGCGGUGCCGUGUUGCUUUUGAAAAAGUUACUUUAUUUAUUGACAACGAGUUUCAUUAUUCAAUUCACCGAUGUCAUUUGCAAUUGCAUGGCUAGGUUUAUGGGCUAUUGAGAAACGGAAACCUUUAUUUGAAUUCCGAGGUAAUCUCUUCAGGUCAUAAACACCUUCUGCACAGCAGGGCGUAAUAAAACACAGAGUGUGAGUCCGUUUAAACGUUUUAUCUCGUCCGCUCUUCGUAGCGGCAAAGUGUUGUUUUGCAGAUCUUGACAUUUUGUUAAUGAAAUAGCCUUGAAAUGCCAACAAUUGUUCACGGUCGGACGAGCUAUUCAUGCUCAAAUGCUGAACGUAGAUCUCUUGUAUGAUAGCGCGCGAGAAUGAACACUUAAGUGGAUAAUUAGCUUAUCGUGUUAAAAUGGUGUAACGUGUUUCAUUGACACCCAUUUUGCAAGAAGCCCGGGGCGUCUGUUACACUUUGCUAAGGUGAAUUUCAAUUAUUUGCGCCUUUUGGAUUCAUCUCAAUCCAAAUUCAGUUUCCAGUAAGCUCUAUGAUGUCUCACAAGGGUACUGUUUGGCGAGUUUUGCUUGUUUUAACCAUCAGACGUCAAGCCUUCUUCGUCACCUGAGGUUGAUUUAAGUCAGCAAGAUAAUUAUCUCAAGUUGCGUUGGGAAUGUAAACUUGAUAGCGCUUUACCUUAGCCUGUUUGGAAAUGCGGCCCGUUAGAAUAAGUAGAAGUUAACUCCAUAGUAAACAGAUCAUUCUACAGGAUUUUGUGUAUGUUGUUAUUCGCAAAGCGGCAUCAACGAAGCAGGCCCACUGGCAGCACUCGAAACAGACACUUAGUUACAAUAAACGCUCGUCAUGCAUGCCAGAAAGAUUUUCUUUAGGGCGUUCACGUAAUUUGACGCUUACUCAGGGUUUUUAACCUCCAGAAUAUGCAUCAUGUUGCAUCGUUUAGGUCCUUGCGUAACGUUUGUGUUUUAGAAGCUAACUGUUUACUUUGCAGCACAUUAAGUUAAUUAAACGCCAAUGGAAUGUUAAGUUGUCAAUCAAUCUGGGCUUCCUGUGCUAACAAAUCCAUUCCAUGGAGAUCUUGUUGUUCGGAUUAACAGUGUGUAGUUUUAUAGACAGUCCUUUUAGCUGUUCUUGCCACCAAUUAAUUUGAGGCGAAUUUGUCCCUGGAGUAAUCAACCCUUAAUUACCUGAUUCUUAAGUAGUCCUUAUUAGUACCCUUGAAGUUAUUAGCUUAAAUGGUCGGUUUGCUACCAAUCCCUGAAAUGCAUAUUUAUGAAUAAAGUGGCGUGCUCUCAGCCAGUAAGAGCUAUCCCAGUGAAAAUGUAACAAGCUGUUGUUGGUUUCAUCUGUAAAACACUUACAAAAUCUAGGGAGUAGCAUCUUAUGAUAUUUGACGUAUUAUGUGUAAGUACCGUUUUAAUGGCUUUAUGAAUCACGGGGCAAAAACUUCACUGAUUUUUGGAGGUUGAAGGCAACUGUUAUACAUCGCUUACUGGCCGAAAUAAAACAGGUACCUGUCAUCGGGAGGAUCGUUUCCUCUCCCGUUUAAGCAGUUUGAUCGUAGAGUUGCUUUGUACGAACAGUGAGUAUAAAGUAAGACCAUAUCAUCCCCUAGCAAUCAAUGGAGAGAUUUUUCUUAUUUUUGUUGCUUGUUUAGGACUCUUCGGGCGGCCGAAGCUCCCGAGACGAAACUAAAUCGUCAUCGACAAGACCUUCCUCCACAACGGACUCCUUACCUAGUCGACGGAACAGGUUAAGCGGCACCGCCGACGACCGGAACGAAUUGGACGGCAGGAAGGCUGGGCGCAACAAGGAGAGCGAGGAGGCGGAGCUCCCUGCCUGGAAAAGGAGGCUACUAGAGCGAGAGAAAGAAAAAGAGAGGGAAAAAGAGAAAGAGAAGGAGAGGGAAAAACAGCGAGAACGGGAGAAGGAAAAAGAGAAGGAGGGUGAGAUGCCGAGCUAUCGUCGCUCAAGGUUUGACAAAGAAAAGGAAAAAGAAAAAGAAGAGAAGGAAAAAGAGGAUGACGACUCAUCAUUAACAGCUGCAGCGCGUUUACGGAGGGCAAGGAGACUAAAACGCCGCGGAGGGGUGAGUACUUGAACCUCACUCGAGGGGAAGCGGGUAGUGUGGGGCACGGAGCGGUAGCUUUUUAAGCCUGGAGAUUGGGAGCUCAGUUUAUCCGCCAGGGAAGUGGGAGAGAGGCGGGAGGGUGGGGGGAGGGCGGGGAGUGUCUAUAAUAGGCCCUAGCAUCUCGUCAGAUAAAGCCACAGGGUGUUACUCAGGGGUGGUAGCUUUUUCAGCUUUUAAAUCCCGUGGGUGCCCAGAUAAUUAUCUCUAUCUGCAAGGGAAGGGGAUCACGGUUCAUUUAAGCCCUAGCUACAAUAGGUAGAGGAUGGGCUAGCCAUAGAGCUCCACAUGUACAGCAUUCUACAGCAUAAGUUCCAAAGGGAUGUCGAGUUGAAGCAGAAUCAAGCAACUAGCCUAUGCGGACCUCCUUUUUUGUCAGCACCCAUUUGUUGCUCAAAUCUGAAAAAUGACACUCGCCCAGCUUCUCCCCCGAAGGUAAAGGGUGGAAUAGCCAGAGAGCUCCACAUACACAGCAUUCUAUAGCACAAGUUCCAAAGGGAUGUCCAGGUGAAGCAGAAUCAAGUAACUAGACUAUCCGGGCUUCCUCCUGUUCGCACCCAAGGCCAUUCGUUGCUCAAAACUGUAAAACAAAACUAAACCUUGCAGUGAAUGUAUAAACGCAACCUUUCCCUGGCUUGAAUAGUUUGGUUUUUUCGUUUUUAGAGUGACGAGGAGGAAACUGAGGAGGUCAAAGAUACGAAGAAGAACACCAAUCUAGACAAUGAUGAAAAAGGGCCUGUAAGCGGCAGACGAAGAUCCCAGGAAACUAGACACGAAGAUACAAAGGUAACGGGCGUCAUCUUCAUGCAUGCUGCUCUAAAGAUUGAAGUAUAGUGUCAGGAUUAACCCAUUUGUUUCUCCAACAAAGAUGGGUCUAAUGUGUUUAUUUUGAUUCCCCGGCUUUCGAAACGACCUUUUUCAUUGUUAAAUAGUUGUCUUCCUUUAUUCGGCUAUGGGUGUUAACUGGUUAAAUGUUUUUUUUUCAAUUUAACUGAAAAAUGUGUUUUUGUUUCAUUUGGUUCUUUUUUUUGCAGAGUUCUACAAAGACAGAAUAAGGAUAGAGGUAUUGCCAAAGAUGGGUUUGUUCAACCUUUUUCUUGACGUUUAAUACCUAGUUUGUUUGUUGUUCAGAAUAAGAAGUGGCAGGUUUGUUCAAUUUCUUGACGUUUAAUACCUAGUUUGUUUGUUGUUCUACUCUGUCUUGCAAGCGUCCUUGAUGGACGAGCGAGCGGUCUGCAUUUCCUGUGUGUUAACUUAAGACCGUUGGACUUUAUCACUGAUAAGUUUCUUAAUAUUACCUUGUCUUUCUUCCUUAGGACCAGUGACUCUAAAGGACCAUUUGGUACCUCUAAGGUAGGUACAACGUUACUACAUAUCUCAGUUAUCGUAUUUCGUUCAUUGCUGCCGGCCGCCUAGUUAGCUCAGUUGGUUAGCUGCAGGCUUGCUCCCUAGUAAACUGGUGCUGACCUUACACUGCACCUUUUGACGUUUUGACAUCAGCUUUGACAUUUUGAGACGAGAAACGGUUUUUGAGGAAGUGGGCGGAUUUAAAAAGUUGCUUUGAGAAGGGCUUGCCCGUCUGUCUUCCCGCCGUUUUUCUCUCGUUUGUUAUUUCAUUGCUAGCGUGGUUUGUUCGCUUGUCCACACUGACCGAGAGCCUGGCACAGGCUACCAAAUAGUCAGGUGGCAGAACCGAGAAGGCGCCCUUUAUGCUGACGUCCAAGCGCAUUGCAAAUACAUAACGAGAUUUUAUAUUUCAUCUCUGUUCAUUCAAGGUUAUAAACAAUUUGUUUUGUGCUGCAGGCAAACGCAACUACGAUAACAGAAACGGAUCCACAGAAGUUGAAAGAAAGGCUACAAGAGGCGCAAUUAGAACUUCAAGAGUAUAAGAUUAAAUUAGAAAAGGCCUUACAAGUACGUCACGAUCAUAUUUUAUUUAAUCUGUAAUUUGUUUUGCGCCUGUUCAAGAACGACGCGUGGCAAAUUCUUCCAGUCUAAUUAUUCUCGUUUUCCUUCCAGGCAAAAGAGGAGCUUGAAAGAAAAUACGCUAAUGUAGAUGACGAUCUGAAGGUAUGUCAGUUUGGUAUUUAUUCCGCCGCGAAGGUUAAGAUUUCAUUGGCAUCCUCCAGUGUUAGAACCACGCUGGGUUCUUCAGACUGAGAACGAUUUUUAACGCAACAGAGCAACAUUGUUGCGACAUUGUUUCGAAUACAGUGGAACCCCGUUUAUAAGACCACCUCGUUAUUACGGCCAUAUUCUUUCAAACCAAAAGUAAAAAACAUUGACUCAUUUUAUUAUUUUCAAGACCCCGUUAAUGCAACCACCUCGUUAUUACGACCAGGAUUUUAUGGCCCAACGGUGGUCGUAUUAACGGGAUUCCACUGUAGUUACAAUAUUGUUUCAACAUUUUAACGCUGUGUUGCGCUAAAAGUCGUCGUUGCCAAUCGUCUCGCGUAACGUCACCUGUUGUCUCUGUUGAUUCAGUUAACCAUAAAUCUUUGUCCGCAGUAUUAUUAACCUCUACGUAUAUGGAAACAGGGAGCUUAAGCAACAACAACGGCGACAGCUGCGAAAACGUCUCUUAAAAAGUGCAUUCGCGCUGCUUCAAACUUUAUCGCGCUUAUUCCAUCUCGUUCAAUUCGUCAAAUGUUGGCAAUUGUUUCUGGAGUUGAAUUCUGUAAGGCUAUCGAAGUUCAGGAAAAGCAAAAAGUAAGUCGUUGUCUUGUGUUCACGCCCUGCAAAAAACGUGAAAUUAGGCAUUUUACGUCGUAGUCGUGGUGUGAAGGCAAAGAAAUGUACAAACAAGUGUGAUGCACGUGCAAAGUUGUUGUUUUGCCAAUCUAAGCCUAUUGCUUUUUUGCCGUUCUCGUUGUUGUAGCCGUCGUAAUUGCUUAAUCUCCCUACUAUUGGACAGUAGUUGCCGUGCAGUUGGCUUCAGGGAAAAGCGACUGUCUUCUUGCCAACAGAGAUCCGUUUUAACUCUUGACCACAGCUCAUCUCCGUGCACCCCCUCUACCAGGAAAGGUGGAGGAAAUUGCUAUUUUAAUAAUAAUAAUAAUAGUGAUGAUGAUGACGAUGAUGGUGCUUUAUUUUUUAUUUCUAUGUUUUUUUUCAUUUCCAUUGAUGUCCAAUGGCGCUUUACAAUAGAUGUUUGAUAACAAAUAUUGUUCAUAAAAGUAUUACGUUGAUUGUGAAAUAACAUUACACUGAAACAAAAUAAACGAAUUAAAUAUAACAACUAUUAGAUUAAAAAAAAGCUUCCCAUCAAAGCGACUAUCAGGCGAAAAGUCAUACCAUGGAUGUACUGAUAUUAAACCGUUAUUAUUAUUAUUAUUAUUAUUAUUAUUAUUAUUAUUGUUAUUAUUAUUAUUGUUAUUAUUAUUAUUAUUAUUAUUAUUAUUAAAUACAAAAGGACUAAUUUGAUAAAAACGCUUCCCUAAAAAGAUAAGUCUUGAGCUUUUUCUUGCCCUUGCCACUUUUUGUUAAGUGAGCAGGGCCUUCAUGCGCGCGUCCAGUUUGUUUUAUUUCUGAUUUCAUCACCCGAAGGAGAAUUCUUGUAGACUGAUCAUUGCUUUGUAUUCCACAGCAACUGUCGGACUUGAAAGCGGACAACCAGCGGCUUAAAGAUGAGAACGGUGCGUUAAUCCGCGUCAUAAGCAAGUUAUCGCGACCUCCAACUUGACCAUCAUCUCUGGGACAUAAUACCAAUGACUGAAAAAGAUUACUUAGGUUAAUAUCCACAGCAAAGGCUGUGGUAGCUGUUUUUCUUGGUCUUUAAAACUGUACCUAUUUAUCCAGUACGAGACCACUACCCAGAGGUUCGUAAUUACAUUAGGUGGAAGGGGUGGCAGGUCGCCCGCGUACUUCUUCUUCUUCUUGUGUAGAUAUGUGUAUGUUUUGUAAUUGAGAGUAAGUGAAGUAGCCGAAGAAACAAAGUCAAAACUGUCGCUGGCAAAAGUGAACUAAGAAAGAUAAAAAGAUUUUACAAUUAAAUAAUUUGUGAAUGUCUUCGAAAAGCUCUCGUUUUCUGCAUAUUAUUUUGCAGUUUUCUAUAGGUGUAUAUCCAGGGUUUUUCGAACCAAGUACCUUUCGUUAGCUAUCCGCAGAAUUUUCCUCUGCUGGGAGCUUUUCUAUUUUGUUACAUUGUUUAGGGUUUAGUGUUGUAAUGAUCAAUAAAACGAAUGGCGAAGAUUCUACUUCUGUAGUAAAGUGUAGUUUUGUACGACUUUUUUGCAUAGACGAUUCAGUCAAAAUGAAGCAGUUGCUUGAUGUAGAAAGAAAUGAAUGAGUACGAUUAAACCUUUUCCCUGUGUCGCGAUUCAGUAAUGAUUGAUUGAUUGCAAAUUGAAUUUAGCAAAUGAAAAAAGGAAGAAAAAAAGAGGAAUUUAAUAGCAGUCAAAGCAACUUGUUAUCUCGAAAUGGUCCGCGCCGUUGCAAAUAUAAUUGUAUUGAAAUUAACAUUUAUUAUAUUGUAUCUUUGUUAUUGUGCUCAUAAAUUCCGAUGAUAUGAAGUAGUUAGGGUUAGGCGUAGUUGCUGAUUGGUUCUUUCAAAAGCAGUCGGGGACCCGAGCACCGUUGUCAGUCACAAAGCACAGUUCUUGUCGGUCGUUGCUAAGUAACGUGUGGUAGAAACAGUUCCGAUUGGUUAAUAAGAAAAAGGAACUUCUAGUCGGGUCCUUAACGAGGAUUUGACGAAGUCAGUGCUCGAGCCCCUAAGACUGAAGGUAUUGAAACCUAAUUCAAUUAAAGCGAGCAGGUAGAGCCAAAAUAUCCUAAUUGAAAAACGCCAUUCAAGGCACUUGACAAAUUUUAGUCGCCUUGUAACUGUAAAUCAGAUGCAUUUGAGAAAAAGAACUUGCGGGGU